UGGCGGGGGCCUGGCCCUGUGGCACGGGUGGGGGGGGCUCUGGCUGACACCAAAGAGGGAGGCAGCCCCUCUGGCACCGGACUCCCCAUGCCCCCUAGCCAAGAGGAGGAGGCUUCUGCAGAUGGCUCCACCCCAGCAGAGGCCGCAGACUCCACCGGCCCAUGGGACGAGGCUGCCCCCAGCUCCCCAGCGAGGACAGAGGCUGCUGGCACGGCCCCCUGUGGGCGGAACGUGGUGCCCUGGCAGCAGGGGGCCAGAGCCGGCUGCCCCCUGGAAACUCUGCCCCCCAUCACCGCCCUCCGGGGCCAAGACGUGGACUGGGAGCUGCUGUGCUCAGGCAUCUUCCAGCUGACAGGCGGCACAGACCGGACGGGCAGGGCCCUGCUGACCAUCACUCCCCCGCCCACUGGGAAACUGGACCCAUCCCAGGGGGAGCUGAGCCGGGCCCUGCGGUACCUGCAUUCGCUGCUCAGGAAGGAGCAGCAAGAGUUGGGGUUGACGGUGCUGCUGGAUCUGCGGCAAGGGGGGGCUGUGCCCCCCCAACCCCCUGCACUGCUGCCAGCCCUGCGGGAGCUGCAGGAGGCGUCCCCAGCCCCUGUGAGCUGCCUGCUGGUGCUGGCCCCCCUGGAGGGCCCUGGGGAGCUGUCCCUUGAUCAGGUAGGGGGCGCCAAGGCGUGGGGGUGCGGGAGCUCUGGGAGCGGGAGGGGAAAUGGGUGGGGCUUUGUGACGGACCAGGCUGGGUCUGGGCACAGUUGAGGGCGUCUGCUCAGGGUGAAUUGUUCAAAUUCAGGGCU